AUGGAUUCCGCCGAACUUCACAGCAAAAAGCGCAAGAGGAAGCACGGUAGCGCCAAGGUCGAAAAAUUAGAUCCUGUGCCGGCAACGAAUGGGUCCAGCCCUGCGAUCGAUAAGGCCGAACCAACUGUGAAGAAGAAGCGCUCCAAGGAGGAGAAGGCCGAGGAGAAGGCGCGCAAGAAGGCCAAGAAAGCUCACAAGUCCGACGAGGAGGAGCAAGCUGCCGAAGAUGUGGUUCCGGAAGCCGAAGCUGCUGAGGACGCUCAAGGGGAGUGGGAGAACGAAGAGGUCUCGGGUGACGAAUUGGUAGAUUUGGCCGAAGGGGCACUGGCAGACGCACAUCUCUCGUUACCAGAUACCGGUGUCCAGGCCACAAAAUUUAGCGAGUUGAAUCUUUCUGAAAAGACCAUGAAGGCUAUCGAGGGAAUGAAGUUCGAGACGAUGACGGAGAUCCAACGACGAGGAAUACCACCUUUGCUUGCCGGAAGAGAUGUGCUGGGAGCUGCGAAAACUGGAUCCGGAAAGACUUUGGCCUUCUUGAUCCCUGCAGUCGAGAUGCUGAAUGCGUUGCGCUUCAAGCCUAGAAACGGAACUGGUGUUAUCAUUGUGUCCCCCACAAGAGAACUGGCACUACAGAUAUUUGGUGUCGCUAGGGAACUCAUGUCGCACCACUCGCAGACCUAUGGAAUCGUAAUUGGAGGAGCAAACAGGAGAGCAGAAGCCGAGAAGCUCGCCAAGGGAGUCAAUUUGAUAGUUGCUACGCCAGGUCGAUUGCUCGAUCAUCUGCAAAAUACACAAGGAUUCGUAUUCAAGAAUUUGAAGGCUCUGAUUAUCGACGAGGCAGACCGAAUUCUGGAGAUUGGUUUCGAAGACGAGAUGAGGCAGAUCGUGAAGAUUCUACCAAAGGGAGAUAGACAGACUAUGCUCUUCUCAGCAACACAAACAACCAAGGUCGAAGACUUAGCAAGGAUAUCCCUUCGCGCCGGACCUCUUUAUAUCGACGUCGAUGACAAAAAGGAGCAUAGCACUGUCGAAGGCCUCGAGCAAGGCUACGUUGUCUGUGACGAAGAGAAGCGCUUCCUCCUUCUCUUCUCCUUCCUUAAGCGUAAUAUUAAUAAGAAGGUCAUCGUAUUCCUCUCCAGCUGCGCCUGUGUAAAGUACUACGCCGAACUCCUCAACUUCAUCGCUCUCCCCGUCCUGGACCUGCACGGCAAGCAGAAACAGCAGAAGCGUACCAACACCUUCUUCGAGUUCAUCAACGCCGAGAAGGGAACCCUCAUAUGUACUGAUGUUGCUGCCAGAGGCUUAGAUAUCCCAGCCGUAGACUGGAUCGUGCAGUUCGACCCUCCCGAUGACCCUCGCGACUACAUCCACCGCGUGGGCCGCACAGCUCGUGGCUCGAACGGCAAAGGGCGCUCCCUCAUGUUCCUGCAGCCGUCCGAAGUCGGCUUCCUCGCUCACCUCAAAACCGCCCGUGUCCCCGUCGUCGAGUUCGACUUCCCCGCAAAAAAAAUUAUCAAUGUGCAGUCCGCACUCGAAAAGCUCAUCUCACAGAACUACUACCUCAACAAGAGCGCCAAAGACGGUUACAGAAGCUACUUGCAGGCCUACUCCAGCCACAGCCUGAGAACCAUCUUUGACGUGCACAAACUGGAUCUGGUAAAGGUAGCGAAGAGCUUUGGGUUCACUGCGCCGCCGCGGGUGGACUUGACACUGGGAGCGAGCAUGAGUCGGGAUAAGAAGACUCAAGGGAGGAGAGCGUAUGGGAGUCAGCCGAAGCAGGGGGGCAGUUUCAAGAAAAGGGGCACUUUUUAA